UCUCGUUCGAGUUCCUUCGAGACUUGGUUGUCAUCGAGACCUGCACAUCAAGUAAGCAGACAGUGUCCAGACCUUUUUUAUCUGUGUGUACAAGAAUUCUUCAACCAUGGACGAUUUUCAGUCAGGAGAAGAGACAGCGUUUGUUGUGGAUGAGGUCACCAACAUCAUCAAAGAGGCGGUGGAGGGCGCCAUCGGAGGCAACGCCUACCAGCACAACAAGGUGAACCAGUGGACGUCCAACGUGGUGGAGCAGUGCCUCAACCAGCUCACCAAGCUAGGGAAACCCUUCAAGUACAUUGUGACCUGUGUGAUCAUGCAGAAAAAUGGGGCGGGAUUACACACAGCCAGCUCCUGUUUUUGGGACAACUCAUCAGAUGGCAGCUGCACUGUGAGGUGGGAGAACAAGACCAUGUUCUGCAUUGUCAGCGUCUUCGGAUUGGCCAUCUAGACAAGCUUUCUUCCAGACCGAGUCAAUUUGCUAUGACACCCCCCCUCCCCCCCCCCCCCCUCCCCCAAUGUUUUCUUUCAUCAGGGUGAACUCUUCCAAAGCUUUCCUACUCGCUUGAACAGAACAGAAAAAAGGGGUAAUAGAUGGGAAUAGUAAUUUGGUUUCCAAUCAAAACUAUUUUUAGCUUCUUUUCAUCGCUGAAACGAAUGAAUUUUUGUACUCACUUUCGGCAGUUUACCUCAGGCUUGUUUUUACAUGAAAGAAUUGUCCAGACAGUUGGAAGAUUCAGGAAAAAUAAGUGUAUGGUACCUAGGGAGUAAGUUUCAGUCAUCAGCCUCUCAUGAUAUCUUGACUCCAUACCUGUAAAUAACUUCAUUGAGUGUAAAUGUGUGUGAGUGGAUGUGACAGCUUCACCCAUUUGUAUUCUGCGAAGGGAAUUGCUCUUUUCCUUUUUUUUUUUUGGUAUUGUGUUUUGCUUUCAUUUACUAGAAAGUGUGGCUGGUGUGAAAAUGUAUGUGUCUACCUUUUUGUCUGUGAUCUUGAUAUUCGAAAAGUGUCAUUUUUUUUUUUCUUACAAUAUACUGGUCCAUAUUUAUGAAACUUGAAUUUUAUUCUUAAAAUUUUCAAUUUUGCAAGCUAUAGGUUUGCUUGGUCAGAAUAUAAUUUUUAGUUACUUUCAAGGGAAAAAUCAUGUAAUCUUUUCAAAUUUGCACAGCUGCAAUUAGUCGGGUUAUAAAUCUGCGUAAAACCUCGAUCCAGGUGUCAAAGGAUGUAAUAAUUUCAUGUUCAUUUAUGUCUUUAGAAAAUGAGCAACUUGAGGUUUCUUUAAAAGUAAUAAAAGUAAUAAAAGUCCAA